AUGUUUAUAAAUUUGCAUGCAUCAGUUGAUAAUGAAAAUGGUGAUACAUUUGUUUUAAAAAAUGAAAUAUUUAAAGAACUUAAACCAGCUGAUCAAGAAAUUAGUCGAUUUAAACAUCGAAGUACACCAUUAGUAUUACGUGCAACUGCUGGUUUAAGAUUAUUAAGUGAAACAAAACAAAAACUUUUAUUAGAAGGUGUUUGA